AUGCUAUUAAUACGUUUAAUUUUUUGGGUCUGUUACAUAAGUUCAAGUCUAAAUGAUUUAAUCGUCUCUGAGUGCCCAUCCCAAAUUAUUACGGAUAAUAUUUGCAAAUGCCAUUAUUCCAAAGUGUGUACUUAUCCUGAUCAACGGGCGUGCUUCCUCAUGCACUGUACUCAACUGGCAAAUGAAUCGAGCUUGACAAGGCAAUUAAAAAGGUUAGAACCUUUCGAUAUACCCAUAGACCUGAUAAUCAGUUCUACAACUUUAUCUUAUUUUGGAUACAACAGCUCGGAAUGGUCAAAUUUUAAGGUAGCCGGCCUGAGGAUGUAUCACAACAAUAUAUCCAACCUUUCUGAAACAGCCUUUAAAAGUUUGUCAUUCAAUUUGCGUCAUUUUUCUAUAAUGGAAAACGCUCAUUCUGAGGCCACAAGGACGAUCGAUUUUAGGGGGGUAAUGAGAUCACUCAAAUGGCUACCCCAUUUGGACGAUAUAUUCAUAUCCGUAUACCGAAUAGAACAAUUAGAUUUCAACGCCUUUAAAUAUUUUAUGAACUUGAGCUCCCUUUCUAUCAUAACAUCGCAUUUAGACAACAUGAUCGGACCCAACUCCCACGAAUUCACUAGUUUGACUAGCCUCAUGUUGCACUCCAAUAUAGAUCAUUUUCCAAAUUAUGUAUUCUGGCAAAUGCCUAACCUCAAAAAUAUAGUUUUCGUCUCCAAAAAUUUAGCUAUCAUCGAGAAGAAAGAUUUCUCUACUCUUUCUUUAAAAUGGUUGGAGAAAUUGACAAUAUCUUAUACUUCUGUUGAAACUAUUGAGAAUAAGGCAUUUGAGUCUCUUUACAAUCUUAAACAAUUGUCUUUACAAGAAAACUCUAUACAAAAUUUGGCUGAAAACAGUUUUGCAAACCUAACUAAGUUGGAAGUCUUAGACCUCUCGUCUAAUAAAUUAACCUAUAUUCAAUCCAGAAUGUUCAAUGAUUUGGUGUCUCUAAAAAUCCUAAAACUAAACAAAAAUCAAAUAGGACCUUAUUUAGAUGUCUCGGCCCUCAUGCCCUUUCAUUCUACCUUACAAAUAUUAUAUUUAGGUAACAAUAAACUGCAAAAUAUACCGUUAUUUGAACAUGGUACCUACAUGUUUCCUGGAUUGAUUAGGAUGGACUUGUCCUACAAUCAAAUAACUUCUACGCCUUUUAUUUCACCAAAAGAUACAUCUAAAAGCAUCAUUCCUGUUAACCUCACAACCUUAGAUCUUUCGCAUAACAUAAUAUCGAAUACUUAUCUUCAAAUGUAA